AUGGCGUUCAGUUUCGGCUUCUCGGGCGACGACAUAGAAGAAGAUCCUAAUGAUGUGCAAGAGCAAGGACAACAGCAAGCAUCAGCAGAAAGCGAUGUGCCACCACCGAUCGCCGCAAAGACACAUGAUCUAGACGAACUGCUAUCAACCCUUCCAGACAAACUAUCCUACUCAACCGUCAGCAUAACUAGUCCCAAAGGCUUCACAACCCGUCUUCCAAGACGCGAGCUCUUCGACGUGCGCCUCCAACUCAUGGCCGAGGACGAUGGAUCCUCCCAAACGCCCCUGACAGGUCUCGAUGACUCGGACCUUCGCCAAAACGUCUACGAGGGCGGCUAUAAGACCUGGGAAUGCAGUCUCGAUCUCGUCCGCUACCUUCUGGACCGUGGACCACGAAAAGACCUCGACGACUUGAUGCGUGUUGGCCACGUUAUCGAGAUGGGCUGUGGAUCCGCGUUACCUUCCCUCAUCUUAUUCCAAUACGCAAUCAAGAACCAACUUGGGAUUUACUUCACACUGACAGAUUACAACGCCGAUGUUGUACGGCUCGUCACUCUUCCCAAUUUACUCUUGACAUGGGUGAGUACGUUGAGUAUUGAGGAGAGCAAGACGUUAUUUCCGGAGACGGGUAACCCACUUUUGGGACAGGAGGAGAACGGCGAGUUAUACAUCACUCCUGAGAUUCUCUCUACUUUCAAGAAGGCGGUUAGCGAGAUCGGCAUUACCAUGACGUUCAUCUCGGGGUCUUGGACGCCGGUUGAUAAGCUUCUGGAGAUGAUUCCUUCGUCGUCGGAUCUGAAUACUUUUAUUCUUGGUUCUGAAACAAUUUACUCUCCGGCUUCGCUUACGGCGUUUACGGACGCGAUUGUUGCGUUGAUGGGACGGGUGAAGACGGGUAAGGCGAUAGUGGCGGCAAAGCGGGUAUAUUUUGGUGUUGGAGGUAGCGUCGAUGGAUUUAGGGAGGCAUGUGCACAGAGGGGCUGUGUGGCGUAUGAAAUGGAGUUUGAAGGGUUGGGAGAUGGUAACGAUGGGGGUGUAAGGAGGUGUUUGGUUGAGGUGCAGAUGUACUGA